AGAUUGAUACACGUUAUCGUAGAGCUUGUCAGGCUACAUUUCCUUCACGUCAUUCUUUCAGCGUGUGUUUGUGAUCACUCGUGAGUCUAGAAAAUUUAUAGUCGGCUUUUCUUAAACACGGAAGUAACGAAAAUUUAACUUUCUAACCAAAAUGAAUUCCUUGGAACAGUUAAAAAAAUACACUGUGGUUGUUGCCGACACAGGAGAGUUUGAUGCUAUGAAGGAAUAUCAACCAACAGAUGCAACCACAAAUCCGUCUUUGAUUUUAGCUGCUUCAAAAUUAAAUCAUUAUCAGCACUUAAUAGAAAAAGCAGUAAACUAUGGGAAAACUCAUGGAACAACUGUUCAAGAACAAAUAAACUCUGCAAUGGAUAAGUUAUGUGUUUUGUUUGGUUGUGAAAUUCUGAAAAUCAUUCCUGGCCGUGUGUCUACAGAAGUGGAUGCGAGGUUGUCUUUUAAUAAGGAAGCUUCCAUAGAGAAAGCAAGACAGUUGAUCAAACUUUAUGAAGAGGAAGGAAUACAUAAAGAUCGUAUACUUAUCAAAUUAGCUUCUACAUGGGAAGGAAUUCAGGCUGCAAAGGUUUUGGAAGAAAAAUAUCAAAUUCAUUGCAACAUGACCCUGCUUUUUAAUUUUGCACAGGCUGUGGCAUGUGCUGAAGCUGGUGUCACUUUGAUUUCACCAUUUGUAGGACGUAUUUUAGAUUGGUAUGUUGCCAAUACUGAUAAAAAGUCAUUUGAGCCAAAAGAAGAUCCUGGUGUUAUUAGUGUCACUAAAAUCUAUAACUAUUACAAAAAGUUUGAUUACAAGACUGUCGUCAUGGGCGCUUCAUUUCGUAAUGUUGGUGAAAUAAAGUGUUUAGCUGGUUGUGAUCUGUUGACUAUCAGUCCAAAACUUUUGCAAGAACUUGCCAAUUCUAAAGAUGAAAUUCGUCCAUAUUUGAGUCCUGAAACUGCUAAGAAUAUGAAUAUUGAGAAAGUAAGUUUCGACGAGCCUCAAUUCAGAUGGGAAUUGAAUGAUGACCCAAUGGCAAGUGAUAAGCUGUCUGACGGCAUCAGAAAAUUUGCUGCAGAUGCUAUUAAACUAGAAAACUUAUUGAAAACCAGAAUAUAAUUUGUUUCCACACAAUAAUUGCCUUCAUGUAAAUAUUUUCAGAAUUUUCAAAAUAAAUAAUAAUUGCUAUGUGUGAUGUUCAUAAAAUAUAUUUUUGUAUGCAGAAUUGGUAUUUUAUAUACUAAUUCUUUAAUAAAGCAAAGCUUCCUUUACUUUGAGCUUUUUAUCAUUUCGGAUAUUUUUUAUACUUUUUUACCAUUUAAUUUUCUAUAAUGUGAAUGUUACUUGCGUACUUAUAAAUUUUUACCUGUUUCAAAUAAUCAUAGCUUUGAUUUUUAUUUGUGAUAUAAAAAUUCCUUCCUAUUCAACAAUCACAAAUCAUGCAAUAAUCCAACAAAUAAUUUCUGUUUUUUAUGUAAGCUUUGAUUAUGUUUCAGGCAUUCCUAUGAGAUUAUUUUAUUGAGAACUGUAAUUAAUGUACUUACAGAAAAAUAAAAUAGCUUUUGCAUUUGAA